AUGGGAGACGUCGCCGUGGAGAGCUCGGCGACCAACGUCACACCUAGCAAGUCGGCGCCAUUCGAUACCAUCCCUAAUAUAGACUCUCUCGAAGGCACAGAUGCAGAUGGAGGUGAUGAGUAUGCGACUCUGAAGAGACUCCAGAGACACUUAGAAUACAUCCAACUUCAAGAAGAAUACAUUAAGGAUGAACAAAGGAGUUUGAAGCGAGAGCUCGUCCGUGCACAGGAGGAGAUUAAACGGAUACAGAGCGUGCCUCUCGUGAUCGGACAAUUCAUGGAAGCUAUCGAUCAGAACACCGGUAUCGUGCAGUCGUCAACUGGCUCGAAUUAUGUCGUGCGCAUCCUUUCAACACUUGACCGCGAGAAGCUCAAGCCCUCCUCCUCUGUCGCCCUGCACCGCCAUUCCAAUGCCCUUGUCGAUAUUUUACCUCCGGAAGCAGAUUCGUCCAUUGCCAUGCUCGGUGAGAACGAAAAGCCAGAUGUCACUUACGCCGACGUCGGUGGAUUGGACAUGCAGAAGCAGGAGAUCAGGGAGGCAGUCGAGCUACCCUUGACGCAUUUCGACCUUUACAAACAGAUUGGUAUUGAUCCGCCUCGUGGUGUUCUACUUUACGGCCCUCCCGGUACUGGUAAGACGAUGUUGGUCAAAGCUGUGGCAAAUAGUACAACUGCCAGCUUUAUUCGUGUGAACGGUUCGGAGUUUGUCCAAAAAUACUUGGGAGAAGGACCUCGUAUGGUUCGCGACGUGUUCAGAAUGGCUCGUGAGAACUCACCCGCCAUUAUCUUCAUUGAUGAAAUCGAUGCAAUUGCUACCAAACGAUUCGAUGCCCAGACUGGUGCCGAUCGUGAAGUUCAGCGUAUCCUGCUUGAGCUCCUCAAUCAGAUGGACGGCUUCGAACAGACAAGCAAUGUGAAGGUCAUCAUGGCCACCAACCGAGCGGAUACUCUGGAUCCGGCCCUCUUACGUCCAGGUCGUCUGGAUCGUAAGAUUGAGUUUCCGUCGCUGCGUGACCGACGGGAGCGUCGACUGAUUUUUACCACAAUCGCAUCGAAGAUGUCUUUGUCCCCAGAGGUCGAUCUGGAUUCACUCAUCGUACGAAACGAGCCACUCUCUGGUGCUGUUAUUGCCGCCAUCAUGCAGGAAGCUGGACUACGUGCUGUUCGCAAGAACCGCUACAAUAUCAUCCAGUCUGACCUUGAGGACGCCUAUGCUGCUCAGGUCAAGACCGGCCAGGAAGCGGACAGGUAUGCUCUUCCCUGCAUUCAAAUCUAUCUCACCACCAGUUCUAACUAUUGCGUUACAGGCUCGAUUUCUACCGGUAGAUUAUGUACAAUCAUAGGCAUUUAUGAGGUGGGAACAGGACCUGUGCCACACGAAAGAAUAAUUAUGGAUUGA